AUGGCCACUACGAGUAGGAAGCCCGGUCAGCGUUACUGGGUGACAGACUGGGAGACCAAUAACAAGCUGCUCACGGACACUGCCGAGCAUCAACGCCACCAUUCACAGCAGACAAGGCAGGAGGGGCGGGCCCUGAGGCACCAGACAGCCUGUAAGACACGCUGGGAUGAGAGUGACAGCCGAGACAGGCUGGUUGACAGGAUCAAUGAGGUCACUGAGCAGAAGGACAGACUGCAGUUCUGCGUACAGGCAAUGGAGAGAGAGAUCAAAGCUCUGACACAGGUGAAGGAAGAGACUGAGAGGGCCCUGGCAGAAACGACCGUGCCCCUGGAAGUGGUAGUGGAGUGUCUGACCCAGAGAGAGGGCCGGAAGGGGAGCGAGUUGGUCAGUGACCCCCUGGAGGGCCAGUUGAAGAGGGAGGCCCAGAUGAUUGACACCAUGCAGCAAGAGCUGCAGCAGCACAUCAGCAAGGCCUUCGAGCAGCUCUGUUUAUUCCAUUUAACUUCAACCUGUCUCAAGGAAGCCCACCAACGGCUGACCUUUGACCUAACCAACAAGACCGAAGCCCUGGAUGUGGACCUAUCAUGCCUGUCACUCACAGACAGGUCACCUGACAUAUCUUUCAAGCCUGACCCCACCCAUGUACCCACUAGUACCUCCACACACCAAGAGUGGGAGCAGUUCACCCACUACAACGUGACCCGGGCUGAGGAGGAGAUGCAGGCUUCCCUACAGCUGAGGGAGACGAUGACCUCUACAAGGAUACAGAGCCAGAAUGACCUGGAGGGGCAGUGGGUCACCACUGGGUUCAACCUGCGCAAGAGGGCAGCUUCAGCAGGCCUGCAGUCAGCUGCACUGGCAGCACACGGCUGUGAGUACGGAACCAGAGAGGAGAUCACAGAGCUGUUGAGGGACAUCCACCAUCUUGAGCAGGAGCUGCUGGCUACAGAGUGUCCCUUGAAGCUGGUCCAUACCAGGCUGGAGAACAGGAACUCGAGGCCCGGAGUGGACCUCUGCAGAGACCAGGUGCAUUCUGGACUGGUGGAAGAGGCUAAGCAGUUGGGAGCCACCAUAGAAGCGUUACAGCAGAAUCUAGCCAAGUCUAGGCACUCUCUGCAGUCCCUAGAGGAGCAACAGGCCUGUAUAGGUGAGGACCUGUCCAGGAAGCAGGAGGCCCUGGAGCUGGAGCAGCGUAGCGACCACAUCCGCCAGCACCUGGAGGUCCUGUCUGAGGCCGAGACAGUCAAGAUCAUCCCUCGAGUCACUGUCCCCAUCCUCGGCUUCACCAGAGAGAUGUUCUGAUGAGGUGGACACACACGCAUGAACGCAAGCACCCUUUUAUUCAUGGCUGUAAAGCGUUUUGAAAUUCACUACGUAUGGAGCGGUUGUACUUUGACUCCCAUUCCCUGACUGAAUUUUGGAUUUACAAUAGCGACCAAUUUAACUGAAGCCUCACACAGUUUAAAAACGGCUUUUUACUACAAAGAAUACACAGCAAAAUAUACAAUAUGUUUACAAUAUUGAACAAUUACAGAAUAAGGAAUUGUUUUUAAAACAAAUAAUUUUAGAGCGUUAU